CCCGCCGUUGUGAUGCGUAUUCCCGUAGACCCGAGCACCAGCAGGCGCUUCACUCCCCCGUCCACGGCCUUCCCCUGCGGUAAGAUGGGCGAGAACAGCGGGGCGCUGGGGGCCCCGGCACCGGGCGCCCGCGCUCGGCCCGAGGUGCGCUCCGUCGUGGAUGUGCUGGCCGACCACGCCGGCGAGCUGGUGCGCACUGACAGCCCCAACUUCUUGUGCUCCGUGCUGCCGUCGCACUGGAGGUGCAACAAGACGCUGCCCGUCGCCUUCAAGGUCGUAGCGCUCGGAGAUGUCCCCGAUGGGACCGUGGUCACGGUGAUGGCGGGGAACGACGAGAAUUACUCGGCGGAGCUGCGCAACGCCUCUGCCGUGAUGAAAAACCAAGUAGCGAGAUUUAACGACCUCAGAUUUGUUGGGAGAAGCGGCAGGGGGAAAAGCUUCACCCUGACCAUCACGGUGUUCACCAACCCCACCCAAGUGGCCACGUACCACCGAGCCAUCAAAGUGACCGUGGACGGACCCCGGGAGCCCCGCAGGCACAGACAAAAGCUGGAAGACCAAGCCAAACCCUUCACCGACCGCUACGGAGAGCUGGAACGGCUGCGCCAGUCCAUGAGAGUCACCCCAACAACGCCCAACCCCCGUGGAUCCCUCAGCACCCCGAGCCACUUCGGCUCCCAGGCUCAAACUCCAAUCCAAGGCACGUCAGAGCUGAGCCCCUUCUCGGACCCGCGGCAGUUCGAGCGCUCCUUCCCCACGCUGCCGGCGCUGACGGAGACGCGUUUCUCCGACCCGCGGAUGCAUUACCCCGGCGCCAUGUCCGCCGCCUUCCCCUACACCGCCACGCCCUCGGCCACGGGCAUCGGGGGCAUCAGCAUGACCAGCAUGCCCACCACCACCCGCUUCCACCACACCUACCUGCCGCCCCCGUACCCCAGCUCCACGCAGAACCAGAGCGGGCCCUUCCAGGCCAACCCCUCUCCCUACCACUUGUACUACGGGACGUCCUCGGGCUCCUACCAGUUCUCCAUGGUGGCGGGAGGCGAGCGCUCGCCCACCCGCAUGCUCUCGUCCUGCACCAGCGCCUCGGCGGGGAACAACCUGAUGAACGCCAGCCUGGGCGCGCAGAGCGACGGCGUGGACGCCGACGGCAGCCACAGCAAUUCCCCCACCACCAUGAGCACCACGGGCAGGAUGGAUGAGUCCGUCUGGAGACCCUACUGAGGAGGAGCUCAGCUGGGCACCCAUGUCUUUAACUUAAUCAGCCGCCGUGGCUCCUUUUGGGAGCGACCAAAGUGAUGCCAAGGGAAAAGUUAAACCAAAGUCUUCCAAACCCAAAGUUAAGGAUCCUCUGCAUGCAAACAUCAAGCGAAGAUCAACCAAGACCUUCGUUACAUUUCAAGGUGAACACCCACGAGGCUUGAAUGUGUCGCUUGAUGUGGUUCCUUCCGUAUGUUUUAGGUAUGUGGAUUGUACAUAGGGAAAAAACCCCAAGGACGUGUGGAAUCAGAUGUUUGGUACUUGCAGAACACUUCUCGUUCAUCUCACUCGCACCUCUUCCCCACACAAAGCAUUCAGAAGUGAGGAGAAUCUCACCCUUCCUCUGCAAAAUGGUUCAGAGAAGAGAAGACACCAUGGAGUCACCCGAGCCAUCUCUCUGCCAGUGCAGGAGGACUGAACUUAACUUAAAAAAAAAAGGAGAAAAAAAGCAAAAAACCCCAUUGUCUCCUGUCCUUCCCUCCCUGCUGGUGAAGGGUCCCUGAGCACCAAAGAGCAGUGGGGUUUGCAGCACAGCCAGGGGCACUGGGGCUCAGUCAGCCACGUGAACAAGAGCUGUGAUGUGAUUAUUGUUAUUAUUUGUUGACGACACAAGUUGUAUUGUUCAUUUUGGUGUCACUGUCGUCGUUUGUCAAUCAGUAACGUGGCUGACCCCGGCCUGGCUGACCCCUCCUCCAUGUUUACACACAAGAUGUACUUUUUAUGGAGAUGUUUUGUUUUAUUUGUUUGCUCUCUUGUCCUGACCUCACCGUUCAGCUCUUUGCUCGCCUUAGCAAACCUCAGUGAUGGUGGCUGAAGUGAAGGUGGCAUUCAGGACAAUCUAAAACUUUUGAGAUGCACUUCCAAGGGGCUCAGGAGCCUUUGGCACGGCCUUGCCACCAUUUUCCAGAUGUUCCUUCUGUCCCCUCUGAGUGGCAACACUCACAACUGGUGGCAAAGCAUCAUAAUUCUGUUCUGGUCCUUUCCCAUGUUCUCACCCAGAGAGGAUUACACGAUUUUUUUAUUUUGCCUCACAUGUGUCAGUUCAUCCUGAAAGCCCUGAGGUCUGGAGAAAGGAGCAGUUUCUACUCCUGGUGGUGGGAAUAUUGUGAAUUGAUGCUGUGCAGCCUUUUCCAUCCCCUCACCCUCCUGUCCUUCCCCAGGUGACCCCAACACGGGGAUCUUGCUGUAGAGGAAUAAGCUGAAGAGCAGGCACCCAAGGUGCCACUGGUGGUGGUGGCAUCAGGUGGCAUUUGCAGGAAUCAGGUCUGCCAAGCACCACACACCCUCAGAGCUGACACCGCAGAGAUUGCAACCAAACAGGGCCAUGGUGGGAGGCAGCUGUGGGCUCCUCCAAGGCCGGCUCGGGGGCUUGGCUCUGAUGCACAACACGGGGUUUGUCACCUCCUGCAGGCCACCUGUGCCCUCUGCUGGCAUGAGAAUAGGGGCUGGAUUCAGGAUUCUUCGUGCUGGCAGGGCUGGGCACAGACAGAUUCCUGGGGAUCCAUAACUGCAGCGCCCUGCAGAGCCCUCCCUGCAGCCAGAGUUCAGCCCCAGCCCCAGUGCCACCAGUAACCACGCCUUUCUUCUUCCACUUCUCCCAUAAACACAAGCAAAUCGAAGGCCCAGAGCUGCCCUCCCGGCCCCUGUGCCUCAGCCACACC